UGCCCCCAGCCUCCGUCUCUCUCCGUGAACGACGUCUCUCCCGGGAACGCUUCAACGUGCUUACAUACAAGUGUGUGCUAAUAAUGUCUGGUGCUAGGAAAGUGAAAUACCGGGACGGCUUCAUGUCUGCAGGUCUUCUAUGUGUGGAGUAGUGGACGAUGGGUGGAUGGAUACUGGCCGAUACCUACAGAUUUCUUCAGUGUGGAUGUACCUGGUUUUUACUUCUUUUACUUUGUUAAAUACGUACCCUGUGGUGUGAUGUGAUUUAGGGAAACAAAUAUACAAUAGAUAUCUUACAGACAUGUUUGAACUGCUGAUUUAAAAAGUAUGAAUAUGAGAAGAAAUCCAAUCUGAGGUCGUUAUGUAAUUCCGCAGUUACUGCCAGCAAUUGUUUAGUUGCCGUUCCAGAUUCCCCUCACUGAAUGUGUUGCUGUAGAGGUUAACAUGGCCACGUUCAAUGUCAGUGUGUUUACCGAGAUUGUGGAGCUCCAGUUCUCGCCCUCGGAGGGGCCGUAUCAAAACAUCACCCAACCCCCACCACAACCCCCUGCCCCCAACAUGUGUGGCUUCAAACCACCGCAGGAGGAAUGGGAGAAGAUGGUGAGUUUUUACCUCAGUGGCGUGAUCACGACCAUCAUCAUCUGCUGUGGCCUUGUGGGUAACCUCCUGACGGUGAUCGUGCUGACGCGGCGGACGAUGCACACCUCCACCAACUGUUUCCUGACGGCACUGGCCAUCUGGGACUCGAUGGUGCUCACCGUGACGCUGUUUCUCAUCUGCCUGUAUGAGUUCUCCGACGGCUUCACGCGCACUGUGUGGCCGUACGUAGUGACAUUCGUGUACCCGUUCGGCCUGGUGGCGCAGACCUCCACCAUCUGGCUCACCGUGUCCUUCACGGUCGAGCGCUACAUCGCAGUUUGCCACCCGCUCAAGGCCGCGGUAAUGUGCACGAUACCGCGCGCCAGGAUAGUCAUAGUCUCUGUGACGGUCGUCUCGUUCAUCUACAACAUCCCGCGCUGGUUCGAGUACCGGCUGGUGGACUACGUGCACCAUGCCACCAACUCGUCGUGUGUGAUAUUCGUGCCCACCGACCUGGAGAAGUCGGCACUGUACAACAAGAUCUACUUCGGCUGGCUGUACUUCAUGGUGAUGUGCAUGAUUCCACUGUGCUCACUGGCCAUCCUCAACACGUUUCUCAUCCUGGCCGUCAAGCGGUCCAUCCGGCAGCGGCGAGACAUGAACGUGCGGCAAUCCCGCGAGAACAACGUCACCAUCAUGCUGACAUCAGUGGUGAUGCUCUUCAUCAUUUGCCAGGUCCCAGCGCUCGUCUACAACAUGGCCUAUGCCAUUGACACACAGUCCACGCACACGCACUUCGGAUGGAAACUCCUGUCCACCAUUCGCAACUUCCUCGUCAAUCUGAACAGUGGGAUUAACUUCAUUCUGUAUUGUGCACUGGGCCAGAAGUUCCGGCGCACGUUUGUGCGGACGUUCUGUGCGUGCAUUCAGGACAAAGACACGUUCCAGCACUCGUUCGACCACACCUACCACAAGAACACCAUCGUCCACGCCAAUGGCUCCACCAUAUAUAUGAAGAUGGUGCACAAGAAAAAGAAGAACGGCAUCAACAUUGCGGCCGCGGCCAGCAAGGACGAUGCGAACAAAUUGUUAAGGUACUCAAAGCAAACGUCUGUAGAGUCGGAGGGCUCUGACACACAGUACGCCAGUUUACCCUCUUUUCAAAGCAAUAAACCUCUACUGUCAAAACAUUAACAACAACUCUAUAAGUAUAUAAGGUUUGUUUCUUUAAAUAUUAUACCUAACAGGCCUCAAGUUUUCAGAAACUGUUCUUCAUGGUAUUGUAGUAGUGUGAAGUGCUCCUAUUGGCAGUAGCCAGCGGGAAUUUCCCUAUUAGCUCAGCUGGUAGAGAGCUGGACUCUCAUAUUAAGAGUCUGUGGUUCAAAUCUCCUCGUUGGAGGUUGAUUUUUAUAGGUUAUAAAAAAAAUUUGAAUGGAGAGAAAAAGUGCAGAUCUUUAUUAUUUAACAAUGAACAUGAUGUUACACUUUCAUAGAAAUAUGAAACACACAAUCAUUUUACACACCAUAUGAAUGGCAUUUAUUACCCAUAUGGUCUACAAUAAACGGUUACAUAAAUGCUGUAUUUUUCCCCAAGUAAUCUUUAUUGCCUGGGUCGUAACAAUACCUUGAAAACUGCUAUUGCACACUACUGACAUCACUAGUCGCUAUAGCAGCUGCAUGCUUGUAACAGUCGUGGUUUUUCAAAUUGACAUCAAUCCACGUCACUGUAUUUGACAUUGCUUGAUGUUAUUAAGGUCGAUUGUGAGGCAAUUACAAUCAUAUUUAACAUUUAUUCAAAAUCAUAGUUUGUGGAUAAUAAAUAAAUUAUAACAUUCGCAGGAGUGCCAUUCGAAAUUUAUGAAACAAGUUUAAUCCAAUAUAUCCACAUGCUAUUUCUGUAAACAGAAAUAUUUGCCAAUUUAACAUUAACAAAUAACAAUACAAGAAGCAGCUGAAACAAAAUAUUUAUUAGUGCAAAAUUAAAGUUAAUGGAAAGUUAAUGUUUGUUUAAUGAAACCACUAAAGCACAUUGAUUUAUUAAUCAUCAGCUAUUGGAUGUCAAACAGUUUAGUAAAUUAACAAACCUUCUUUUUCAAUUCUCUGUAUUGUAUACACAGAAUAAUUGAUGAAUGACCUUAUCACAACCAUUCAUUUAUUAUAUUGGUGUCUUGUCCUGUCAUUCAAGACAUGCUGAAUUUUCAUUGGUGUCUUGUUUUGUCAUUCAAGAUAUGCUGAAUUUUCAUUGGUGUUUUGUUCUGUCAUUCAAGAAACACUGAAAUUUAAUUGGUGUGUUGUCCUGUCAUUCAAAACAUGCUGCAUUUUCAUUGGUGUCUUGUUCUGUCAUUCAAGACAUGCCAGAUUUCUUUAGUUUUAUAAAUAACUUUCUAUUUUACUCAGUGAACUUGUGUUUACCUACCUGAAAACAGAAUCUUUGAAAUCUUCAGGUCUGAAGAUUAAUUGUUUUUAAAAAGCUUUAUCAUUUGAACUUUCAGUUUAUUAACUGUCGUCAUUAAUAUGAUUUAUUUAACUACAGGUUGCUCAAUUUGAAUGUGCCAAUUCUUUAAAGAAACACAAACAAUUCACUUCACAAAAUACUAUUUUAGUAAUAAAAAUUGAAUGGACUGAUUAUAUGUGUAAGUAUAUAUAUCAGCUAGUUUUGCAGUGAGUGUUAGGAUGAUUGCAUGUAAACUUGGCAGAUAAUGUAGAUCGUGUAUGAAUGGAAUGUAGGAUUAGAAACAUGAUUAUACAGAGUAUUUUUGUGUAUCACUCGCUAAUAUGACUUUUAACAUGAUGCUACUUAAAGAUUAUAAUAAUAUAGAGAUUUUGGCUUGGGAUGCUAAUUUCCACGCAACAGAUGUGGUUUUGUCAUAUUCUACGUUUGCAGGAGACCAAAACAGAUCUAACAGGUCUAUAACAGCAUACAUAUGUAACAAUCACACAUUUUCAUAAGUAAUCAAAUUAAUAUAUUAUGAAGUAAUCACAUAUCAUAUUAACUUUAUGAAUCUUCUGCUUAUACCCAUUUUCCAAUGUUACAAAGGCAUACAUGUAUAUGACACGUGGGUUUCUUAACGAUAGAUGUCGUUUUGAAAUAGCUGUGCAAUGUCUGCAUACAAUGCACAUUUGGUGGGUUGUGUGCCUUUAACCAAGACCUAGUUUAGCACAGGGACUGACGACGGUCAGAAAAACUACAUUCCAAAUAUAAAUAACGUUUGUUGUUGUUGUUGUUGUUGCUCAUGUUAUUGUUGAAAAUAUUUUGUAGAUAUGCUUUAUUAUGUUUACUUACUUGAAAUGAAUUAAAUUAUCUACCAAGUUAGUGAAAUAAAAAUUAAAGGCAC